CCCUCCGGCGGGGCCGGGGCGGGACCCCACGAUGCCGCAGCUGGAACCGACGGGGGGGGACGACCUGGGGGCCCCCGACGAGCUCAUCGCCUUCCAGGACGAGGGCGAGGAGCAGGACAAGGGCGCGGGGCGCGGCUCGGCCCACGGGGACCUGGACGAGCUCAAGUCCUCGCUGGUCAGCGAGACCGAGAACCGGGGGGGCCCCGGCGCCGCCGUCGGCCCCGGCCCCGAGGUGAGGCGGGGGGCGGCGGGGAGCCGGGGGGAGGCGCCCCCCGCCCGGCCCCGCUCCGCUCACCGCCUCUCCCCGCAGGCGGAGCGGCCCCCGCCGCCCCGGGAAAGUUUCCAGAAGCCGCGGGACUCUCUGGCAGAAGUGGUCAGACGGCAGCAAGAUGGGGGUUUUUUUAAGGGCCCCCCCUAUCCCGGCUACCCCUUCCUGAUGCUCCCGGAGCUGGGCAGCCCCUACCUCGCCAAUGGAGCCCUCUCCCCCGGCGGAGCCCGCACCUACCUGCAGAUGAAGUGGCCGCUGCUGGACGUGCCGGCCGGGGCCACGCUCAAGGACAGCCGCUCGCCCUCGCCCGCCCACCUGUCCAACAAGGUCCCCGUGGUGCAGCACGCCCACCACAUGCACCCGCUGACGCCGCUCAUCACCUACAGCAGCGAGCCCUUCCCGCCGGGGUCGCCGCCCGCACACCUCUCCCCAGAGAUCGACCCCAAAACGGGGAUCCCACGGCCGCCGCACCCCCCCGAGCUGCCCCCCUACUACCCGCUGUCACCUGGAGCCGUGGGGCAGCUGCCACACCCGCUGGGCUGGCUGGUGCCACAGCAAGGACAGCCCGUGUACUCCAUUCCUGCUGGUGGCUUCCGGCACCCGUAUCCCGCCCUGGCCAUGAAUGCCUCCAUGUCCAGUCUGAUGUCCAGCCGCUUCUCCCCGCACAUGGUCCCGCCGCCCGCGCACGGGCUGCACCCCUCGGGCAUCCCCCACCCCACCAUCGUCUCGCCCAUCGUCAAGCAGGAGCCCUCCCAGCCCAGCUCCAGCCCUGCAGGCAGCUCGAAAUCCCCCGUGGCAGUGAAGAAGGAGGAGGAGAAGAAGCCCCACAUCAAGAAGCCUCUGAAUGCCUUCAUGCUGUACAUGAAGGAGAUGAGGGCCAAGGUGGUGGCCGAGUGCACGCUGAAGGAGAGCGCGGCCAUCAACCAGAUCCUGGGCCGGCGGUGGCACUCGCUCUCGCGGGAGGAGCAGGCCAAGUACUACGAGCUGGCGCGGAAGGAGCGGCAGCUGCACUCGCAGCUCUACCCGACCUGGUCGGCGCGGGACAACUACGGCAAGAAGAAGAAGCGGAAGCGCGAGAAGCUGGCCCAGCAGCAGCAGCAGCAGCAGCAGCAGAGCCACGACGCCGACACAGGCUCGCUGCCCUCCCGGAGCAAGAAGCCCUGCGUGCCCUACCUGCCGGCCGAGAAGCCGUGCGCCAGCCCGGCCUCGUCCCACGGCAGCAUGCUGGACUCGCCGGCCACGCCGUCGGCCGCGCUGGCCUCGCCCGCCGCGCCGGCCGCCACGCACUCGGAGCAGGCCCAGCCGCUCUCGCUCACCACCAAGCCCGAGGCCAGGGCCCAGCUCGCCGUCCUCGCCAGCAAAGCCUCCUCUUCUUCCUCCUCCUCCUCUUCCUCCUCCUCCUCCAGCCUCGGCAGCCCGCCCUCGCUGCUCUCCAGGCCUGUCCCCUUUGCCUCGGUGACCCCCACGGCCCUGCUGGCCGCCCCCCCCGGCUCCGUGCCGGCCGCCCUGGCCGUGCUGCAGACGCAGCCCCUGUCCCUGGUCACCAAACCUGCUGACUGAGGGACAGUCCUGCCCCCCUGUCCGCUUCCCCCACGCCCCCUCCCCGCUGUACAUUGCAGAAGCCACAAUCAAGAUUCAAAAGCAGCCAAAAUCAUUAUUGGUCAAUAUUUGACCCUUUCUGAACUCUUUGGAAGCAGACUCUGGAGGAAGGGGCUUUCUGCUCAGAGCUGCUGCCAGCAGUCGACCUAAAGACUGUUUUUAUUAAAAAAAAAGGA